AUGUUCGCCGCGACCGCCCAACGAGCCUUUGGAUUCGGCAGGAUGGCGGCUCCAACGAAAUCCGCGCCUUAUACCAGGGCUGUUGUGAAUGCGAUGCGCAAAUUGUACCCGGAGGUGUUGGCGGAUAAGAGUUUUGAUAAUACGGGGUUACUGCUAGAAGCGCCAUAUGAUCCGUUGCGGCGACAGAUGAACUCGGUGAUGCUCACGGUCGAUCUGACGAAAGCGGUUGCGGAUGAGGCCAUUGAACGACAGGACUCGAUUGUUGUUGCUUAUCACCCGAUAAUAUUUCGCGGUUUGAAGGCCCUCACUCUUAACGACAGUCAGCAGUCCAGUUUACUACGGUUGGCUGCUGAAGGGAUCAGUGUCUACUCCCCCCACACAGCAAUCGACUGCGCCCGCGGCGGCCUAGGCGACUGGCUCGCCGACAUAGUCACCGGCACGCCCACCGAACUCGCCGAAGACGAACCCCCCAACGAACUCACCGAAGACGAAACCCUCCCCGACGAAAACCCCGCCGACGACUCCGCCUUCAUCCGCACUUCGUCCCCGACCAAAAAACCCCCCUCCGAACCCGCUACCGACGGCGACGCCUCCUCCACCCACCUCGCCCCCAAACGCCCCAUCUACAUGCUGCAACACCACCCCUCCCAGCUCGACCUCAAACAGGAAGCCCUCUCUCUCGGCGGCCAGAACCACAAACGCUACCCCAUCCGCUCCACCGCCGUCCCCGGCUACCCCGGCGCAGGCAUGGGUCGCAUCGUCCGCUUACCCUCACCCGUCCCCUUACCCGAAAUCAUCGACCGCAUCGGCCUCGGUCUCGGCAACCCCAAGGGCUUCCCUAUAGCGGUACCGCAGGGCAAGCAAGCGAGCGAGAUGACAAUCCAGUCCAUCGGGAUCUGCGCGGGGAGCGGCGGGCAUCUGUUCGGCGAGAUGGAGAAGGAUGGGGAGGAGGUGGAUUUGCUCUUUACGGGGGAGCUGUCGCAUCACGAGGCGCUGGCGGCGAUUGAGAAGGGGAGGUGUGUGAUUACGCUGUUCCAUAGUAAUACGGAGCGCGGGUUUUUGCAUGGGGUGUUGAAGGGGCAGUUGGAGAGUACUGUGGCGGAGGAGUGGGAGCGAAUACGCAACGAAGAGAAACAGAAGGACGGGGUGGAUGAGCACUUGAUGGAGGCGCUGAAUGAUGAGCACGUCGAGGUGCAUGUUAGUGAGAUGGACCGGGAUCCUUAUGGUAUCAUGAUCUCGAAAGCGGAGGCACCACCAGAGUGA